GGCCCGGGGCCCGGGGCCCGGCGGUGGCGCUCCGUCCCGCCGCACCAUAUAGUCAUCUCGCAGCCGUUGACUGACGACGGGUCGGAGAGGGAGCCGGGAGCGCGCCGUGCAGCCGAACCGAGCGAGUACCAGAGCGAGCGAGUGAGCGUGGCAUCAGUCGACGACUGCAGCAGACCGGGACGCACCGAGGCGCGAGAGAGAGAAGGAGAUGGUCGAGGCGUCGUGACAGACCGCUCCGCGAGCGGCACCUCACAUACCCCACACUCACACACGGCGCGGUGCAGCUGCAGCGCACACUUGUGCCGCACGGAGCCCGCGGGGCUUAGGAUGGUGGUUGCGCCCGGACGCACGCAAGUCUUCACCUGCUACUUCGAGUGCCUCAUAUGACUGACGACGGCGCGGCGGCCGACGACAAUCCAGCAGCAGCAGCAGCAGCAAACGAGAUCAUCCGCAGCUGCAGACGACGCGCAGUCUAGCGACCGGCAACUGUCUGCGGAGCAGACGACGCGUUAGCAGACGACGCGCUAGUGACGAGAGCCCGCCGUGUUUUGAUCCUGCGCGGGCUGUGGUCUUGGACACCAACCCCCCCGCGCGCGCGGCGCACGACGACCGACUCCCAGGACACACACUGCCGGGCUCGCGCUCGAGGACACCAACUAGUGCACCGACGAGGAUAAGGCACACAUCCCGAGUCCCUGCUGCCAGUGCUGGGAUUGCGGAGGGGAGGAGAGAGAGAGAGAGAGCAGGUUGGCCGAGCGCCCUCGCCUUGCGACACCCUGCCGCUGCACAGUGCUGCUGGCGGCCCCGAGGGCAGCCCUGAGCAGUGAACAGCCCCCUCACGUCGCCGGGAGCGGACAGGCGCGACCAUGUUCAUGAAAAAAUGGCGACAACACCUUGCCGCCAUUCUCGCCAACCACACGACGCUCGUGGCGGGGCUGGUGCUGGGAUGGACCUCGCCCGUGCUCCCCGUCAUGGACCUGUCGUACAACGAGGAGUCGUGGGUGGCGUCGCUGGCGCUGCUGGGCGCGCUGGUCGGCGCCGUGCCCGCGGGCUGCCUCACGGACCGCCUGGGCCGCAAGCGCUUCCUGCUCACCCUCAGCCUGCCCUUCCUGCUGGGCUGGGGGCUCAUCGUCGCCGCCCUGUGGGGCCACCGCGAGAAGGUCUUUGACAUGUGGAUGCUGUACGUCGGCCGGUUCAUCUGCGGCCUCGCGGUGGGCGCGACGACGGUGGCCGUGCCCCUGUACACCAACGAGAUCGCCGAGGACAAGGUGCGGGGUGCGCUCGGCGUCUACCUCGACAUGAUGCUGACGACGGGCAUCCUGGUGGUGUACUGCCUGGGCGCGGCCUUCGACACCCUGGUGCUGACGGCCAUCUGCUGCGCCACGUGCCCGGUGCUGGCGCUGGCCUUCCUCGUCAUGCCCGAGUCCCCCACUUACCUGCUGGCCUGCGGCAAGCCGGAGAAGAGCGAGCGCGCCCUGCGGUGGCUGAGGGUUCGCCGUGAGGACGACACCGAGAUCCAGCUGGAGCUCGCCCGCAUCCGCUCCAUCGUCGAGCACAGCACGUCGUCGUCGACGACGACGACCAAGCACGGCCCCGCCAACGGCCACCCCAACGGCGGGCCGGCGGCCAACGUGCUGCUCUCGGACAAGGAGGCGGCGGCGCAGGCGCUGCAGGGCGCGGAGGCGGGCGGCGCGUCCCAGGUGUCGCUGGCCGCGUCCGCGCCCGCCUCCGGCGUCAAGCCGGCCCUCAAGAAGAUGUUCGACCACGUGACCGGCCGCACGCCGACCGGCAAGGCCUUCUUCAUCGUCAUGGGGCUCAUGACGUUCAUGCAGCUCAGCGGCAUUGACGCCGUCAUCUUCUACCUCGGCGAAAUCUUCGAAGACGCCGGGAGCACCAUGUCCCCGCUCAACGCGUCCAUCGUGGUGGGGGCCGUCCAGGUCGUCGCCAACGUGUCGUCCGCCAUCGCCGUGGACAGGAUCGGGCGGCGGGUGCUGCUCAUCCUGUCCGAGUCCCUCAUGGCGGCCUCGCUGGCCUCGCUCGCACUCUACUUCCACCUGCGGGACGACCGGGAUAUCAAUGUGUCGGAGAACUACGGCUGGGUGCCCGUGGUGGCGCUCUCAGUGUUCGUGUGGGUGUUCGCGUUCGGCAUCGGCUCGCUGCCCUGGUUUAUGAUGGCCGAGUUGCUGCCCACAGAGGCGCAGGACUGGGGAUCUUCGUCAGCCAUCUGCCUCAACUGGUCGCUGGGCUUCCUGGUGACCAACGUGUUCAGCAGCAUGGUGCGCGACAUGGGCGGCGCGGCCACGUACGGCGUGUUCUGCACCAUCUGCGUCAUCGGCACGUUCUUCAUGGCCUUCCUCGUGCCCGAGACCAAGGGGCGGUCUCCCGACGAGAUACAGCGCCUCUUGGAGCAGCCGACGCGCUGCUUGGGCAUUCGCUCACCACCACACGCGACCAAGGACAAGACCAGCAAAGUGUAGAGGCUGUGACCUCCCGACCGGGAGAUGGAACCUCUCUGCAGGUGCGGGGCAUCCCGCACGAACUCUCGCGGAGUCCCCUCACUGAAGGCACUUACCGAGGAGGUCCGUAAGGAUUUCCUCUUCGAGUUCCGUUCGAGGCCAUAACGGAGGGCCCGCUUCGGCGAUACUCAUUUUGUCGUUUGGACACGAAGGAAGUAUAGUUUAUUUUCUAACUACGUUGGUGUCAAGCAAGGUCACCGGCAAACCAUAUCCAAAGCUUGCAGCGGGACUGCAGCGGAAAUUUAUUUUAAUACGUGUCUUUAUAACUGAUAGUCAAUUUUACAUGAAUGUAGUGAAUGUUAUUACGUGUAUUUUAUUAUGUGUUUAAUGAAUGAAAGCGAGAGAAGAGAGUGACAUUGUAUGUGAAAAUGUGAGUGAGUGAGUGAGUGAGUGAGUGAGUGAGUGAGUGAGUGCGUGCGUGCGUGCGUGCGUGCGUGCGUGCGUGCGUGCGUGCGUGCAUGCGCGCUUAUAUGUGUGUGUGUGUGCGUGUGUAUGCGUGUGCUUCUUUUAGUAUUGUAUAGUUUUCAUGUGUUUAGUCGUGUAAAAGUGUAUCUUGUGCACGUUAUCAAGGAAGGGAGUAGGGAUAAAUACUUUCCCUAUUCGUCUCUGGUCUCGAGCUCAACGGAACUAGGAAGCUUUGUGUUGAUUUUUGUGAUGUAUCCAACAGUAUUGCUAUACCGUGGCUUCUCCACAUUACCAGGCCUAAAAGGGACUACAGUCCAAUGACCAACUUUUGGCCUCGACCUCAGAACAUAAGAUAUUUUUGUCACUCCAAAGAAACACGCCAUACUGCUACUACAGAGUACUAGAGCAAUGUUUUGAGAGAUAAACCCGAUACCAAACCAACUAGAAAUUAUACGUCGCCUAGCUGGAAGUGCAUCGACGUUUGUCAACGUCGACGUAGAAUCAACCUUGAUCUGACCAUUAUAUGGUCCGAAAUUCAUCGUAACAUUAACUUCGACCAAGAGACCAGGGCUCUGCUUCGACGUCGAUUAAACGUUGAGUCGACUUUCAAUUCCUGGCUGGGUCGACGUCUAUAUGAUCCGAAAAUAUACACUCUGACCAACUUUAGACAUCUUCUAGAUGUUGCAUUUCUGUCUCGGAUCUCGGAUCCUAUUGUGAAAAGUGCCGAACGCUAAGAAUACGAGAAUUCUACACCGAAAUAAUUGGCGUGACAACCUAUUCAAAACGCCGGAAACAAAAAAAAUUAAGAUGAUAGGUUGGAGAUACUAGAUUGCGUAUCAACAUAGGUGCAGUAUAAUGCGCCUAGUUUUUUACUCUUUUCAUGCAAACCUAGACUUGUGAUGCUAGUAAUAGAUAACUCUUAGAUACUAUAUUUCUAUUUUUAGAUUAGAGGACGACAGAGAGUACUUUUGCUGAGUGCUUUUAAAGGUGACCCGAAAGCACGAUUUGUAAUGUUUGAUAUUUUACAAAACAAAAUGUUAUUUCGCUGAUUAUACCCCAAUAAACCAACUCUUGUUUUAUCGAGUCCGUAUAAGUCAAUGAGGUACUCCCCCGGUGUGGGGAAAAACGACAAAAAAAAACUCACUAACACAUCUCGAAGCUUCGAAUGUUUUCUUUUUAAUUGCUUAUGCAGGAGUUUUUCUUCCCGCUUUUUCCCUUACCAUGCAGUUAUCUCACUGAUGUUGUCCUGAAGCAUUCCUAUGCUCCUUAAAGCGCAAAUCAUUCCACGUAUUAUGUAUUCCAUCCGCCCUCAUUGUACUGUAUACCACAUUGUGAUGUAGUUCUAAAUUCAAAAUAAAGAUCAUUUUCCUUGUUCCA